CUUCCGGUGGUUGGAGCCGUGGCGAGAGCGUGGAGUGGAUCUAUUCUCUUAAAAAUUCUUUAAAAUGAGCGUGCCAGCAUUUAUCGAUAUUACAGAGGAAGAUCAGGCUUCAGAGCUCCGAGCCUACAUCAAAUCCAAAGGAGCUGAGAUCUCUGAGGAGAAUUCAGAAGGUGGCCUCCAUGUAGACCUGGCUCAGAUUAUUGAAGCCUGUGACGUCUGUCUCAAGGAUGAUGACAAAGAUGUUGAGAGUGUGAUGAACAGCAUCGUGUCUCUCCUCUUGAUUCUGGAGACAGAGAAGCAGGAGGCUCUAAUAGAGAGUCUGUGUGAGAAGCUGGUCAAGUUUCGCGAGGGUGAGCGUCCCUCACUAAGGAUGCAGCUCCUCAGCAACCUGUUCCAUGGUAUGGAUGAAAACACACCUGUGAGGUACACUGUGUACUGCAGUCUCAUCAAAGUAGCAGCCGCCUGCAAUGCCAUCGCGUUCAUACCAACGGAACUUGAUCAGGUGCGUAAGUGGAUCACAGACUGGAACCUGAAUACAGAGAAAAAGCACACUCUGCUGAGACUGGUCUAUGAGGCACUUGUCGACUGCAAGAAGAGUGAAGCAGCAGCUAAAGUAAUGGUGGAGCUGCUUGGCAGUUACACAGAGGACAAUGCCUCACAGGCUCGGGUAGAUGCCCACAGGUGCAUUGUACGUGCUCUAAAAGACCCAAACACGUUCCUGUUUGACCACCUCUUGGCCCUGAAACCCGUGCGCUUCUUGGAAGGAGAACUCAUCCAUGACCUGUUAACCAUCUUCGUAAGUGCAAAGCUAGCGGCAUAUGUGAAGUUUUAUCAGAGCAACAAAGACUUCAUUGACUCUCUUGGCUUGUCUCAUGAGCAGAACAUGGCUAAGAUGCGAUUACUGACCUUUAUGGGCAUGGCUGUGGAGUUUAAGGAGAUCUCCUUUGACACCAUGCAGCAGGAGCUGCAGAUUGGCGCUGAUGAUGUGGAGGCCUUUGUCAUUGAUGCUGUGCGGACCAAGAUGGUUUAUUGCAAAAUUGACCAGACACAGCGAAAAGUUGUUGUGAGCCACAGCACACAUCGCACCUUUGGCAAGCAGCAGUGGCAGCAACUUUAUGACACCCUCAGCUCCUGGAAGCAGAAUCUGGCCACUGUGAAGACCAGCCUUCAAACCCUCUCUCCCUCUGCCUAGUAACCCUGCCCCAACUCCCCAAGAGAAGCUGUGUCUAUUUCAGUUUUUUUAUUUACUCAAUAAAAUACUAAUGACAACCA